AUGCCUCUGUACAUCCCUCACACCAGCAGGUUCCUCCUUCUUCCGUCCUUCUGCUCCCCUCUGGCGCCGCCGCCCUUCCCUUCCUCUAUCUCCGCCCCUCCAGCGAGCCCCUCCUCUUCCCUGCCUCGCCGGCUUCAUUCUCUGUCGCUCUACUCAUUGGCCGUCGCUCCAGGUCGCCGAGGAGGAUCUGCCACCGGAUCCGCGCAGUUGAGGGUGAGGAGGAUGGAGGUGAAGGAAGCAGCAGCAAGGAUGGUGGCUGCUGAUGGGGGAGGGGGCGACGUCGCGCUUCUCGCCACCUCCACGUCCUCGUCGCCCAGUAGUCCGUUGCUCCUUGUCUUGCAACUCCAGCGACAACAGUUCGUCUCGGUGAUCCUUCUGCUCCUCCCGCUUCUCUCCUUCCAUACUAAAUAG